CUGCUUUAAAGCUACCUGACCAUCUCAGAAUGAGUUUUCCUGCAGAAUAAAGCAUACAAACAGCGCAGUCUGAGAGAAAAUAACAUAUGGAUUUGCUUGUGGAGGAAGUCCCAUGCCAUAGUACUAUUCCACAAGACAGAAAUGGAUACAUUAAUAAAAAAAAUAAAAAUAAACCAGCCCUUAGAGUUUCAGAAUUAAGGCUAUUUGCAGCAUUGGCUGAAGAUAAUACUGAAGAAUAUGCACUGAUGAGCCAAAAUAUAAUGGCAACCUGUAUAAUAGUGUGUUGGUGCACCUUUGGAAUGCAAUAUAGUAGUGAUUCCAUGCUGCACAGGUUCAAAAGUCAUUGGUUGGUUUCCAAGAGGUAUGUGGCAACAGCUGUCUAUAUACAGAUUAUACAAUUUUCAUAAAUAACCGGCCAGUAGUUUGUGAGUGUGGAGAUGGGUCCCAACAGUGCCUGAGAUUUGUUCCAGCAGCUUUAAAAUUUGGGAGAUUUGGUGGCCAAGAAAUCAACGUGACUUCAUUACUGUACUCCUCAAACUACUAUAGCACGAUUCCGUCUUUCUUACAUGGACUGUUAUUCUACUGGAAGAUAUCACCACUGUUGUGGAAAAUGUUAAGAAAUAAAAGAAUGGUGUUGCAGGUUGAUAUUUGUAAUUAUAGACACUCUGAAAAUAUUGAUUAUCCUUGAAUUAAUGUUUUGUAUUCCAUGAUGUACGUUCUUUGGA